AUGUACCAACAAACCUCAGCCACCAGGGAGUACGAACAGCUCGGCUCAAGCGAGCAGACCGAGCAGCUGCCAGCAUACACCGACGCUCUCAAGGGCGGAGCACGCGCACCACAGAGCCUCGAGGAGAAAAAGCAACACCAGCCGCAACCGGAAGAGAAGCAAGACUCGAAGAAGAUGGCAACCACCAAGAAGGUCCUUAAAGCGUUCAUCAACGGGCCAUCCGCCGGACAAUCUGUGGCUCGGCCUCACCGCUAUUGGUAG